AUGAGUGAACAAGAGAGGAAACUCAUUGAUGAACGAGUUAAGAAAUGGGAGAAUGAACGUCCGAUAAUUCGUACCAUAAUUAGCGAUCAAAAGUUCAAGCAGCAUACAUUUGAUUUUUUGCGCGAUAUAUAUAAUGAUCUUGCUUUUGAUUACAAUGCUAGGCAAUACUUUGAGAAAGAAUAUGUUCAAAAAGGUCGUAUUAAUUUCCCAAUGAGAAGAGAAGGCUUUUUGAUUACAUCAACAUAUACAGCACGUGGUAGAGACCCUUUUACAGACGCGGUUCGUAACUUUAAAGCACGUUCUUCUAUUAAUGAUGAUCCAGAUUUCUACAUACCUUAUUUUCGUCCACCUUCGCAUCCUUUACGAACCAGUGAUCCUGGAUAUGACGCUAAACGAAGAUAUAUAGAGACGAAAUUAGCUAAAUACAAGGAACCUAAGGAUCCAAGGACUGGAGAAGUAAAGGAAUCACAUGUCAAGAUAAAUAAGCUUUACAAAGUAGUUGAAGAAUUGGAGAAACGAUCUAAUGAGAUUAACGCUGAGAAGAAAAAGGAAGUACCAAAUAUGAACAAACUAGAUAAGAUGAUUAAGGAAUAUAGAGGAUUGGCGAAUACAUCGAGCGUUCUAAUAAAGGAAGUAGAAAACACGACAAAGCUGCAGAAAAUGAUUCAUGAUGAAUUACUGUUAGGUGAAUUUUCUAUAAAACAAAGACAGAGUAACUUAAUGGGUGAGGCUUAUUAUUUGGAGAAUUGGUAUAAUGAGAGGUUAAAACAAAUGUCGACUCCAACACCAACUCCUACACCUACUCCUACAGUAGCUCCAACACCAACUCCCACUCCUGAACCAACAGUAGCUCCAACGCCAACUCCUACAGUAGCUCCAACGCCAACUCUGACACCAACUGCUCACGCAGGUCCUCCACCAAUGUCGAGUAGUCAUGGUAUAACAUUAAAUAAACCAACACCUACACCAAAAAUAACUCCUGUAUCACAUCCUAGUACAACUAACCCAGUAUCUGAUUCAAAUCAAGCGGAAAGAUCACAGGUUCUUAAAAGAGCUAAUACACCAACUGCUUCCCCUAUUAGAACACCAGAGCCAACUCCAAGAAUCACAAAGGCGCCAACACCUUCACCGACUGUUGAACCAACUCCAGAACCAACAGUACCUCCAACUCCAUCUCCAACUCCAUCACCGACACCUACAAAAGCACCUACUCCAUCUCCAACUCCGACUAAAGCACCUACACCAUCUCCAACUCCGACUAAAGCUCCGACACCGUCUCCAACACCAACUAAAGCUCCAACACCGUCUCCAACUCCAGCUGAACCAACUGAUGCAGAAUCUAUUCAAAAUUGGUUAGACGAAGAAAAGCGAAAAGAAAAGGCUGCAAUUGAUGCUGCACUAGAUAAAAACACACCACCACAGACACUUGGUGGUUACAUGUUAAAGAAAGACAACAUUCAAAGACAAGAACGUGCAUUGAGUGUUGCCAGAGAACAAGCACAAGAAGAGAAGAAAAUAGUUGAAGGAGAAGCUUCAAAUAGAGGUGGUCCAGGAACUUACAAAGGAUCAAACUAUCCAGCAGAGAAAGCCUCGAGUGAUAAUGUUGUCUCAAGAGCUACUGAUUUAGUUACCCAUGGUAUUCUAACUGGUGCAACAGCUGUUGGUAGUGCUAUUGGAACCAGUGUUGACACUGUUGUUGAUACUGUAAGAACUGUUACAAAUCCUACACCUGAAGAUAGGAAGGAAGAAUUUCUUACUCUUAAUACAAAGGCAAAACCAGGGAUAUGGAUUGGUCGUGGAAUUUUAAAUGCUGGUAGUGCUAUUGGCAAUGGUGCUUCAGCGGUAGGGGGAUGGCUCGGAAGAACAGCAACAUCAACCGCAAAUGGAAUACUAACAGGUGCCAAAUCACUUGGUAAUUGGGCUGAUGAUAAGUAUACAAAAUAUUAUGAAGAAAAAGCUCGUAAGGCUAAGGAAGAAGCUGAACGAAAGGCGAAAGAAGAAGCUGAACGUAAAGAACUAGAGGAGCUUAAGAAGAAAGAAAAAGCUCGUAAGGCUAAGGAAGAAGCUGAACGAAAGGCGAAAGAAGAAGCUGAACGUAAAGAACUAGAGGAGCUUAAGAAGAAAGAAAAAGCUCGUAAGGCUAAGGAAGAAGCUGAACGAAAGGCGAAAGAAGAAGCUGAACGUAAAGAACUAGAGGAGCUUAAGAAGAAAGAAAAAGCUCGUAAGGCUAAGGAAGAAGCUGAACGAAAGGCGAAAGAAGAAGCUGAACGUAAAGAACUAGAGGAACUUAAGAAGAAAGAAAAAGCUCGUAAGGCUAAGGAAGAAGCAGAUAGAAAGGCGAAAGAAGAAGCAGAUAGAAAGGCUAAGGAAGAAGCUGAACGAAAGGCGAAAGAAGAAGCUGAACGUAAAGAACUAGAGGAACUUAAGAAGAAAGAAAAAGCUCGUAAGGCUAAGGAAGAAGCAGAUAGAAAGGCGAAAGAAGAAGCAGAUAGAAAGGCUAAGGAAGAAGCUGAUAGAAAGGCGAAAGCAGCAACACCAUCGCCAACUCCAUCUCCUUCACCAUCUCCAUCUCCUUCACCAUCACCAACUCCAUCGCCAUCUCCAUCUCCUUCACCAUCAAUAGCGGCUCCUGUGAGACAAUUUGGUGCAUGGGGUGCUGAUUUAGUCAAAGAUGCUGCACAAGGAAUUGGAAAGGAACUGAAGAACACAACAUUAGGUACAAUAGAGCGUUUUGGUAAUCUUACGGAUUACACAAUUAGAUCAGCUGCUAAUCUUUUAUAUAACCAGACUACUGAUAACGGUACUGAUGAAUUGGCUGUAAACGGACUAGCAUCAAUUAAGAAAUCAGCAGAAGAUAAAUACGAUGAAUGGAAAAAGAAUAUUAAGGGUGAAUAUAAUAAGUAUGCAUAUCCUGAAGAACAUAUGAAGUUAGAGCUUACCAGACUAAGAUCAAAAUAUGGUAAUGAAACAACAAAUACUACAACGCAAACGACGAAAGCUGACAGAAAGAUUGAUGACACUCCUACUCCAACUCCUGCAAUGGCGAACAUCACAACAAUUGCUCCAAGAGUUCCAACAGGAGAAGGUAUAUCAGGAAAUGUUUCAACUACUCAUAACAUUACUGAAGCAGCUAAUGUUUCAGCAGUUGAGCAACCUGUUGUUAAUGUAACUCAGGAAAACGCUACUGAAACAUCAACACCAAGACAGGAUGUAAAUAAUGAACGUCCAGAAGUUAAGGAGGUUGCAAAAGCAUACCUGGAGAAAAAUACUACACAAGUUCUUGAAGCAGAAAAGCAUCUCAAUUCAGACAAAACACCAUCUCCAACUCCUGAAGCAUCAGUUCCUCCAGCAAUUGGUGGAAAUAUACCUUCAGUAUCACCAUGGCAGAAAUUUUAUGGAUUGUUUAAAGGAGCGAAUAAGGUAAUGGAUGCUGCUGAGAAUCUCCAAAAGUUCAAGAAUGAAGUCGCAACUGGUGCAAAGGAAAUAGAAGAGAAUGAUAAACAAGCUGCUGAAUUAGCUAAACAACAAGCUGAAGCAACUAAACAAGCAGCAGCUCCUAAACAAUCUAUAUCUAAGUCUCAAAGACAAGGUCCUGACCCAAGUGCUAAAGUCAAACAGAAUCCAACACCACCUGCAGCAGAGAAGUCCAAGAAGGACAAGGACAAGAAGAAGGAUAAAUCAAAGAAGGACAAGGACAAGAAGAAAGAUAAGGAUAAGAAAAAAUCGUCAAAAGAUAAAAAACAUAAAAAUUUAUCCAGUAAGAAAUGA